ACACCCCUUCGCAGAUGGGCCCUUACCGUCACAUGCAUGUCAUCCACGGUCGAACGCACAGCCGGGCUAACGUCCGUAAUGGCAGGGGCAUUCCUUCGCUAGGCUUGAAAUCUUUUAAGCCCUAACAGCAUUUCGGCGUGCAAAAUAUGAUAGAACGAGAGCAGUAUCCGUGGACGGAUUGGGAUCAUAAUCCGUUUUUCUCCGGCUGCGACCUCAUCUCUCCCAUGAAGAUACUGCGCGCUCUUAUACCCAAGCAUUGUCUUUUAUUUCUUGUUCGGUCCGCUACAACACAUCAACACUUGAGUUCUCUCCCUUCCGAGGUCCUUCGCCUGCCAUUAGAAGCGACAUCUGACCGUCAAAAGGGCUGUCUACUGAUUUCUCUUUCACUUUCGCCAUUACUCUUCGAUAUGGCAGACUGCCCAGGUAUUCACGCUCAGCUUGGCGUGGGAUUGUGGCAGCUUCGGAUAACGCCCGACUCCUACAACGGACGGGCUGCUUCGGUAUCUUGCCGUCCACCCCCAGACUUCAUCCCGGUCCGUCGGUCGUAUUGCGCGACACCCCCAAGUGACAAAUACGCCGCCCCGAAAACGUACCGACUUCGGACGCACUAGUUGCCGUCUUUGAUAAUUUCGCCGUUAUCGCGAUAUCCUAGAGCCUUAGCGACCCCUUAGACACAUGGAGAAUCCGUCAGUGUGCCCUGC